CUCGGGUGUGUAGCGAGCCCCGUAGCGGACUUGCUGCCCUCAUCGCUCUUUGUACCCGCGCUAGGCGGUGCGCUACAUGCCACUGCAAGGGUAGAGGGAACUAGGGGGAAGAGGGGACAAGGCCCAGCAGAGCCAGGAGCAGACCCCAGGUCUCCUGAGGCCCAGUCCUGUGUACUAGCCACCAGGCUGUGCUGCCUCCUUUAAUCUCACCUUUAGCUAAAUCGGUGCACCUCUGUGUGUAGACAAGCCCCAGGUUUAGCUAAAUCAGUUCAAAGUGGACCUAAGCCAGUGCUAAACUGGGUUGAGGUUCACCUUUGCUGGGGGCUUGCAGUGCUUUAACAGGACUGAUUUAAAAUUAAUGUUGUUAAACCAGUACAGUUUCGUUCCUAUAAAGAAGACCAGGGAUGAGCUGGAGUUUGCACCAAACUAAUAUACAUUUUAACCCUGUUUCAAACUCAGCUGGUGCAAACCCUGGCUUGCCCAUAUCUAUUAUUUCAGGAUCAGUGCUGGAGCAGCUACAGUGAUGGCUGCAUCAGGACUAGUCCUAAACAGACAAGGCCUGCAGACUUGUGGUGUCUCCACUAACAUGGAGACAAGGAAAUUAGAUAGAAGUUUCUUUAAAACUGCCCUGAAUAAAGAUGAAGUUGAAAAUAUUCUCAGUGAAAUUAGUAAUCUUAAAAUGACUGAGAGAGGGAAUGGCAAUAAAAAUAAUGAAGUCAAAUGUGAAAGCCUUUGUCCAGCUCCUCAGAACAUUCGGUAUCUUGGUCUGCAAACUCCAAGAACUCCUGCUCCAGGGAUCCUACAACUGUUGCCAUCUCAACCAUCUGAUUUCGUGGGAGAAGAAUAUUACUCUUCAAAAAAACCCUCCAAAUUAGGAGAAUGGAGUAUAACAACUCUUAAAGACAACAUUAUUCCCACAGGGAGAGAACUUCCUCGUACCCCAUUCUGCACAAAUCAACAAGGGAAAUUGUUACUAGAAGCUUUAAAGGACGAUACAGUACUGAAUGAGAGACAUUCAACAGGUGUAGUUGGACCUAGUCAUUCAGAAUGUGAAACACUUAAGUUACAGAUUGAUGCUGAUGUGCUGGAGAAACUUUUGAGGGAGGAGACUUCUGUAAAGACUCAUGCCUCAAAUGCAUGGGUUUACACUAGGAAAAAAGAUUCCAUUUGCCAAUGUAUGCAGCAGCCUGAUGACAACCACAUCAUCUCUGGCAAUACAGAAAAUGGCAAGGAGGUGGCACCACAUCUAGUUGAGGAUGAGCAAGAAUUACAAGAAAGAGUUGAACCUCUGCAAGGUUCUCCCGUACCAAAAUGUUUCACUACCUCUUCAACAAACAGGAGAAGACUAAGUCAGAUACCAGUUCAAGGGUUGAGUGAGAUGAAUAUUUCAAUGAUGAUUAACAGAAUAAAAGGCUACCAAUGCACUAAAGAAGAUAUGGAGUUUCUUCGGCACAUGAAAAACCAAGAACAAGCACAGAAAUUGAAGGCAAAAUAUUUACAUCUACAAAAGGAACUAACCAGCAUGGUUCGGACAAAGGAGCUGCUACUAGCACAGAGAGAGAAAGUGCAAGAAGAGAUUGUACAAAUGAAAACAUCUUAUGAUAGAACAGUCCAACUUGGAAGAGCCUUCCUGGGUAAGAAAAUGGAUCCUGCCGCUGUCGAAGCAUUGCCACCAAAAGCUGUGCUUGGGCAGCUGAAUCCUGUGAAAGUGCAGCAUGUUCAACAGCAAGAGAAGGCUGAACUUCAGGCACUUACAAAAGAGCUAAAGAAGUUAAAACAUUCCAUUGCCCAACUGCCUCAGAAACAGGGAAUAAGGCUAGAAAGAGAAUCUUGUAAACAACAGAUACAGGAAGCAAAACACAGACUACAGCAAGCACAAGCAGAUGUGGAGAAUCUGAAAUGCAAAGUUGAAGCAGCACAGUCAAAACUAGCAGAAGUUCAGGUCAGUCAGGCAUAAGGGUGCAAUGGUUUGGUGGAGGUGUGGUUGUGGAGUAGUAAAGAAUGGUCAUUGCAUGCUUUAACUAUUGGAAGUCAAAGUCUGUUCUAAUGGGGCAGUGGCCUAUACUGCAAGGUGGAUGCUAUGCACAUACAUUUUU